GGACGGUGGUGGUGGUGAUGCAAAGCUAUCUUUUUCUGUUGCUUGUUGAUUGGAUUUGGUGAUUGAAAAGCUUGCUAUCUAUUCCUUUUCCAAGUAUUAUUGCUUUUCGAUUCACCUUGCUUUCUUUCUUUGCACUUUGGAAUGGUAGUUAUAGAUUUAUUUUUUAGCUGUGUAUGCUUCUUCCUUGCUUUAUCCUUUGCUGAUACCGGAAAUGGAGCUGAUUUGUGCUCUCUCUUUUUUGCAUAGAUUCGGAGCCUUACCAUGAUAAGUUGUCACUUUCAAACCGCCAAUAAGUUUCUUGGGUUUUGCUUUCUUUUCGUUCGUGCCUUACCUUGAUUAGAUCAGUGACUGUAAAGACGAGUUCUUGCUCUAGAAAAAGAGCUCAUUUUUAUCACUAUUUUAGUAAGCUUUAUUGGACCAUUCUUGAUAUUUAUCAAGAUAACUUUGCGGUUCUUUUUGCUGACAUCCACCAACGUUUUCUUGUCCCCAACGGCAUGAUCGUGCGGAUUCCUUUUUGUCAUGACAUUUGCUAAUAAUAAUACUAAAAAAGAAAAGAAAAUAGGAAAAAAGGUGCGAUCUCCACUUCUCAUUCAAAAACACAAAGAACAGCUCAAGUACAAACGCAUGCAAGAAAGGAAUAACGAAGUAUCGCGAAUCAAGCUUACUGUAGCGCAUCAAACGUGUGAUUUUCGGGCGACUUAUUAUGGACACCUAUGAAUCUGUGCUGCUUCUCAGGAUUGAGCUCCGUGUGCUUGAGCAGCAGCAUGCCGGGGGCAAUGGCCAGGUUGAGGGGCCCCUUCACACCGUCUCAGUGGAUAGAGCUGGAGCACCAGGCCCUGAUCUACAAGUACCUGGCUGCCAAUAGCCCCAUACCUCACAGUCUCCUCGUCCCAAUCAGGAGGAGCCUCGCAUCAUCGCCCUACUCACCUGCCUACUUCGGCACAAGCACAUUGGGGUGGGGAUCUUUCCAGCUGGGCUACUCCAGUAGCGCGGAUCUGGAGCCCGGGCGGUGCCGCCGGACCGACGGCAAGAAAUGGCGGUGCUCGAGGGACGCGGUCGCCGACCAGAAGUACUGCGAGCGACACAUGAACCGGGGACGCCAUCGUUCAAGAAAGCAUGUGGAAGGCCAGCCUGGCCAUGCCGCGAAAGCGAUGUCCGCGGCGGUGGCGGCCGCCGCCGCCUCUGCUGCUACCCAGCCUAGUGCUCUGGCCGCCUCUGGCGCCGGAGCUACUGCUGCUGGCCUCAUUGUCAAUCAGCACCAGCAGCCAGUGAAGAGCUACGCCGCGGGUGCGAGUGAUCCUUGCUCUCUGCAAUAUAACAGGGAACUAGUGAACAAACAUAAGACCGAAAACAUUCAGGACUCUGACAAUCUCUCGAUGCUGACUUCCACGAAUACAAGAAACACAACCGGCAGCCUCUUUCCAUUCUCAAAACAAAAUAAUCCUUUUGAAGUGACCAGCUCAAGACCAGAUUUUGGCCUUGUUUCAUCGGAUUCGCUGAUGAGCUCUCCUCAUAGCUCCUUGGAGAAUGUCAAUCUGCUCACCUCACAGAGUCUGAAUGAACACCAGAGUUCAGCUUCCCUGCAACACUUCGUGGACUGGCCCAGGACUCCUGCACAGGGAGGUCUUGCAUGGCCUGACACUGAAGACAUGCAAGCUCAGAGAACACAGCUCUCAGUAUCUGCUCCAAUGGCAUCCUCUGAGUUAUCAUCGGCCUCCACAUCUCCCAUCCACGAGAAGCUAAUGCUAUCACCUCUUAAGCUGAGCCGCGAGUAUAGUCCUAUUGGUCUCAGCAUUGCAGCAAACAGAGAUGAAGUUAGCCAGGUAGAAGCAAACUGGACAUCAAUGUUCCGUGAUUCUUCUAUGGGUGGGCCAUUAGGGGAGGUUUUGACCAAGAAUGGCAACACGGAAUCAAGAAAUUGCCUGUCGCCUCUGAACCUUCUAACCGAUUGCUGGGAUUCAAACCCAGGGAUGGGGUCAUCCCCUGUAGGAGUUCUGCAGAAGACCACCUUUGGAUCAGUUUCCAGUAGCACCGGGAGCAGCCCUAGGAUGGAGAAUCACAGUGGUUAUGAUGGCAUCAGCAACGUGCGGGAUGAUCUCGGCUCAAUUGUUGUAAGUCACCCGAACAUCCACCUACUGUGAGUUUCCUGAGAACAAAAAAAUGCAACAAGACGGCAGGCAUAACCAAAGCAAAUCGGCCAGUCUUCAGCUUGUUACAUAUAUCCAUAAGCGCGAGCGAGCAUUUACCUUGUAGUUUGUCAUUUGAGACUGAUCUGUUGUUUUGCCAUUUCAGUUCUUUUUUUCCUUUUUAACUUGGUUUUGUAACUUUCGUCUUCCUUGGAUGGUUAAGGGCUGUGAUGUGUGGUGUGGAUGGAUUUGGUGCACCGUUGUUGCACAUCAUCUGAUAAUACUCAGUAUGUGAUCAUAGUCGUCAGUCGUGGAUUAAUGCGAUUCUUGCUUUGAUUCUUCA